CCGCAGGCUGUGACUGGCAGUCGGCACGCAUGCUGGACACCUCUCCACUGCACCUUCUGCUCCCCAUGUCUCUGGACCUGCGUGUAGGACUCAGCCUCAUGGACACGGCGAUCCAGGCACCCAGGGUGACACUGAGUGUCACACUCCCACUGAUGGCUCUCUGCUUGAGUGACAACUCCGUGCGUGACGUCACCGAGCUGCUGCUCGGCCUCCCACUACCCGACACACGGGGGGGAGGAGCUCAGGUGGUGAAGGGAGUCAGAGGUCACGACCUUUCACCCCCACAGUCUGACCUCAGUGCCCUGACUGAGGUCAUUGCUGGGACCCUGCCCUCAGACACUGACUCGGACUUGUACCAGUCGGCGGAGGAAGAUCUGACAGACAGCGGGGAGCUGACGGACACAACCACCGCCACCACCACCACCACCGCCACCACCACCACCACCACCGGCACAACCGCCGGUGACGAGGCAACAGCUGAAGAAUUCGAAGCCACAGACCUUGAAAUGAAGUUUGAGAUUGAAAAGGUGAUGGUGCAACUGUCUAAGUCUCUAAAGGCCGGUGAUGGCGGUGAUGGCGGUGAUGGCGGUGAUGGCGGUGAUGGCGGUGAUGGCGGUGAUGGGUCUGUGGUGAUGGUGGUGAUGGAGAUCACAGGCCUUGGCACUGCCAUCACCGUUUGCCCAUCACACAUCAGCAGUACUGCGUAUCUUCACUCACUGAACAUCAUCUCCCCAUCACACAGAGACCUUGACGGCUCUCGUCUGAGUUUGCUGUCGUCAAAGCGGUCAGCGCAGUCAGGGCUCCUCACUGUCAGCUACGUGAAGGCUGACCCCAAGGGAAGGAGGUUCGCAUCAACGUUUGAGAACACGGAGCAGAUUGUGACGGUGAACUUCUCCCGUGUUGACGUGUCUCUCCACACGGGAGCCUUCCCGGAGUUCGUCAGCUUCCUGUCCUCACUCGCUCCGGCAUCAUCAUCAGCAGCAGCAUCAGCAGCAGCAUCAGCAGCAGCAUCAGCAGCAGCAUCAGCAGCAGCAUCAGCAGCAUCAGCAGCAGCAUCAGCAGGGAGUAUCGGACAGAUAAACCGCAGGGUCUGUCUACGCGUCGUGGUUCAGGCCGACGAUUUGAGCGUCCGCAUCACGGAGACGCAGCGCGACAUCGCACUAGCCACCUCGCUGGGCCUACACUCCACUGUCUCCCUCUCCCCGGGCCUGACGGAGGUCUCGGCCCGGCUGAGCCGCAUCCUCAUCAGGGACCCCCACCCCGGCACCCUCCACCCUCAGGUGGUCAGCACAGAAGAGGGUCAGGAUGUCUUCAUCUUGAACAUCGCCAGUCGAGCGAUGGAUGGCGGUGAUGGCGGUGGUGAUGGCGGUGAUGGCGGUGGUGAUGGUGGUGAUGGCGGUGAUGGCGGUGAUGUCAUCUCUCUAAGCGUGGGAUGCGUGAGGUUGGUGUACCUGGCGCGAUUCGUCAACGACAUGACGGCUGCAGCUGCCCAGCUGAUCCCAGCAUCAACCACCGCCACCACCGCCGCCACCACCACCGCCACCACCGCCGCCGGCCCGGUGAAGCUACCGUCACCGUCACCGUCACCGCCGAAGGCAUCCGCGUCUCGGCGGCUGCGGCUGCUGAUGAAGAUUCACGCUCCGCUCAUUGUGCUGCCCGCUGGCAGCCACUCCAACCACGCCCUAGUGUCGAACCUGGGUCUCAUCGCCAUCUCCAACGGAUACGCUGGCGGUGGUGGUGAAGGUGGUGGUGGAGGUGGUGGUGAAGGUGGUGGUGGUGGUGGUGAAGGUGGUGGUGGUGGUGAAGGUGGUGGUGGUGAUGGGUGCGUGACGGAGAUUUUCACGGUGGAGCUCAGAGAGAUGAAUUUGUACCGGUCCACUCAGACGUCACAGCUGGGCCAGGCAGCCCCGGCUCAGCAGCAGCUCCUGCUGCUGCCACUCAGCAUGGACGUGAGGCUGGAGAGGUCACAGGGUCACGUUCACCACCUCCGUCUCACCGUCAAACUGCACGACAUUGAGUUGUCAGUCUCUCAGCAGGACUUGUUCACUGCCCUGCAAAUCCUCAACCAGAACCUCACCGAGGGGGGAGGGGCCACGCCACCGCCGACCAAUGGCGGCUCCGGGGGGCGUGGCCUCGGCCAGCCCGCGAGCCAAUCGGAGUCGAGCAUGGAGAAGGGCCCAGCUGCUGUGUCCAUCAGUGGCGAGUUUCUCUGCGAUUCCCUCCGUCUGACGCUGUACCAGGCCCUGGGAGAUGAGGCUCUGCACUUGGAGGCCUCUCGCCUGGCCAGCUUCAGGCUCCAGCUGGUCAAGGCGGGCCUGGAGUGGGCGUCGCCGCCCUCCUCGUCGCCACGGCUACCGUCGCCACGGCUACCGUCGCCAGGGCCGCCGUCGCCAGGGCCACCGUCGCCACGGCUACCGUCGCCACGGCUACCGUCGCCAGGGCCGCCGUCGCCAGGGCCACCGUCGCCACGGCUACCGUCGCCACGGCUACCGUCGCCAGGGCUGCCGUCGCCACGGCCGCCGUCGCCACGGCCGCCGUUGCCGCGGGCGAUGAGGGCGUGGCUCAGCAUCGCAAACCUCAUCCUUGACGACGAGAGGAGCGACCGUGCACAGAGCGUGACGUCACGGUGG